AAAAGGACUUUCCAACUUGACGGCUGUCUGUUACGUAUUUUUUAUCACUUAUUAUUUGCUGUUAAAUAUUUAUAUUUGUUUAAACGACUCAAGAUAAUCAGACUUUACAUGACACAGACUGGAGGACUUCCUAAAACGACAGAAUAACGAAAAUCGUGGAGUGAUUGCGUGUAAGAGUGAAUGUGAUUGAUGAAGACAACAUCUUUGAUUGAGUGGAAGUGUUUGAACGAUGGAUCAUCAGCAGCAUCUGCAGCAGUUGAAUAAUGCUCUCACAGCUGUUAGAGUUCUCAGGUCUAGUGUCAGACAAGUGUUUGAUUCUGUGGCGAAUGGACUGAGAUCAGAUCAUGGGGAUGAUAAUAAGGAUGCCAAGUAUUUGAGUGAACUGCAGGAGUUGCUGGUUGCUGCACAUGCCAAUUUGAGAGAUGUGGAAGGAGCUGUGGGUACACUGAAUCCACCCCCAGGUCCCUUCAGCCUCGGCAGCACGACGUAUCUCAGCCAGGAAACCAGUCAGGAGAGACAGGCGUUGUAUAGCACUCUCGUGAACAGCUACAAGUGGUGUGACAAAGCCCAUGAGUACAGCAACGUUGCACAACUCCUUCUGAAUCAAAAUUCAUUGAAGAGGUCGUACAUAAACACCAGCAGGUCCAAACGAGGGAGAAUACAGACUAGCACUCAUAACGUUUCGCUUGCGCAAGUUGACGCGAUGUUCAGCACCCUCGACCGUCUAUUUCCGGACAUGACUAUAACCGUAACUCGGCCUUUCGCCUCGAAUGCAAUCCUGAAUGUAACAAUAGGUCACAUUCUGAAGGGCGCUAUUGCGUUCAAGGGACUCAUGGUUGAAUGGGUCGUUGUGAAGGGCUACGGAGAGACCAUGGACCUCUGGACAGAAUCUCGUCACAAGGUCUUCAGAAAAAUGACUGAGAACGCACAUGCUGCGAUGUUACAUUUCCACUCUCCAGCAUUGCCAGAACUGGCUGUCAGAUCUUUCAUGACGUGGUUUGGAAGUUUUGCUAAUGUAUUCAGCCAACCCUGCAAACGAUGUGGACUCCACCUCCACAGCGCUCUGCCCCCGACCUGGCGAGAUUUCCGCACACUCGAGCCAUUUCAUCAGGAAUGCAAACCCUGAGUGAACCUCCAGCCCCCACAAUCUAUGUACAUAAAUCAAUUUUAUCGAAUAAAAAGUCCAAAUAAAAAUCUAGCGUCCAAUUGCGUUGUUAACUUUUUAUUAUUGAGAAAACUGGUGAAAUCUAAAAGUUUGGUGGAAAAUAUUGGGUCAAAUU